AACUUAUCCCUAAUCAUUGUUCUUUUGAAAUUGAAUACAGCCUUCUGACAUGAAUCUGUAUCCAGUUUUUAUUUUUUUUCUGUUUCUUCAAUGUUUUAUUGCAUUCAGAACUGCUUUCUGUAACCCAACUCGAUUCACAGGUGAUGAUGUAUCUGUUGAUUGCGGGUCGAGUGGCACUUUCACUGCUCAGAGUGGAAGGGAAUGGUGCGGAGAUGUACAGAAAAAGUUCGCACCAUUUCUGCAUGUUAGGGGCUCGUCAACAACCUCUAGUGUCAGCCAGAGGUUUGUCUAUGGUGACAAUCCAGUUCCUUACAGGACAGCUCGGGUUUCUCGUUCCCAGUUCUCCUAUGUAUUUCAAGUGAACCCAGGUCAGAAAAUCAUCCGCCUUCACUUUAAUUCAGCUUCAUAUAAAGGUUUCAAAAGGUACAAGGAUUUUUUCACAGUCAAAGCUGCCGCUUUCACUUUGCUUAGCAACUUUAGCGCUUCCUUUACUGCUGAUGCUCAUGGUGUGAACAAUUUUGUUAAGGAAUUCUGUUUGAACUUAGGAGAAAAUAAGCUGCUUGACCUAACAUUCUCUGCAAGUAAUCAUUUAUCUGAUGCAUAUGCUUUCAUUAAUGGCAUUGAGAUCAUCUCAGUGCCGGCUAGUCGUUCUUAUUUCCAUAUGGAAAAUAUUGGAGUUCAAGUUGUGGGAGAGUCUCCAAUUUACAUGGACAGCAGUACUGCAUUUGAAAUAAUUAGCCGAACAGAUAUAAAACGAGAAUCUGUAUCAUCGUCUCUUAAUGAUGCAGCCCACAUAUUUGGGAUGUGGGAAAAGGUCCAUAACAGAAAAGUAAACAAGAUCAACAAUGUUACUUGGAAAAUAUCUGUGGAUGUGGGAUUCAGAUACUUAGUCAGACUUCAUUAUUCCGAUUUAGGAUUGAAAAUGGCGGAAAAUAAUGUUCUAAGGAUUAGCAUUGAUGAUAUGAUUGUUGAUACUAAGAUUUCUGCAGCCAUAGAAAAGGAUGAUGAAGCUAGCAGCAUUCGACGGUAUAGGGACUAUGCUUUGAACAUGAAAGGUUGCAAACAGGAGGGUAAACGCAAUCUCUUGAUUUACUUAGAGUCAAAGGAUGAAUUUGUUGAUGAAAAUGGACCCCUUGAAGGAUUCGAAGUAUUGAAACUGAGCAACCUUGAGAACAGUCUUGCCAGUCCGAAUCCGGUGCCUUCAACACAGGAUUCAUCAUACCAGAUGUUCAAGAAUCUCAUCCAGGUUUUCGGCCAUGAAAAUGCAAUUGCUACUCUGCUAAUAGUAUUGCUCUCUGUGGUUAAUGUUAUAGUUUAUAUGCUGAAAAUGAUUCGAGAAGCUGAAAGUAUGCCGGAGGAAAACAUGCCAUCAGCAAGGGCUACACAACUUUGCCGGCGAUUCUCAUUAGCAGAAAUCCAAUUAGCCACAAGAAAUUUCAGCGAAGGACAUCUCAUCGGGAGGGGUGGAUUUGGAAAAGUUUACCGAGGUGUUGUUGACAACGGGAAGCUAAAUGUAGCCAUAAAGCGGCUAAAACAAAGCUCCAAACAAGGGGCUGCCGAGUUUUUGACAGAGAUUGAAACGCUAACUGAGCUCCGUCAUGUUAAUUUAGUAUCUCUAGUCGGCUUUUGCAAGGAACGUGGGGAAAUGAUUCUUGUUUACAGUCUCAUGACGAGCGGAACAUUGGCCGACCAUCUUUACAAGCACGCAAGAAAUGGCCGUGAUAGUUUGUCGCUGAACUGGAAACAGCGCCUCAACAUAUGCAUCGGAGCUGCUAGAGGACUAGACUAUCUUCACGCUGGUCACUCAGUCAUACAUCGAGAUGUAAAGGCAUCGAAUAUCCUUCUGGAUGAUAAUAUUACAGCUAAGAUUUCCGAUUUCGGGUUAGCCAAGCAUUUGCAUCGAAGCAGUUUGCACAGUCACAUCAGCACGAAGGUGAAAGGUACGGUCGGGUACUUUGAUCCGAAAUAUCUUAUAACGGGUAAACUAACCAAGAAAAGUGAUACGUACGCUUUCGGGGUGGUGUUGCUGGAAGUGUUGUGCGGUAGACCUGCGUUGGAUCGCACAGCAGCAGAAGACGAGCAUGUUCUGAUCAAGUGGGCUCGAGAAAGCAUUAGCAAGGGACAAGCUGACCGGAUCGUAGCUUCUAAUCUGCAGGGCGAAAUAACGGCUGAAAGCCUUAAGGUAUUUGUAGGGAUUGCUGAAAGAUGCUUACACGAUGAGCCGAAGAACAGGCCAAGUAUGUCCCAAGUCGUGGCGCAGCUUGAGUUUGCGCUCGAGCAGCAGGACAAUUUAAUAUCUCUGGGAUCGAACGAGAUAGUAAGUGAUUUGGAUGAUGUCCAUCAAGCUAAUGGCGAAGCUAAUGUAACAGGCGGUGGGGAACAGCCUCGAUCACCCUCUGCUGAUUCGCCGGAUGUCACACCCCCUCCGGCCGUGAAACCUGAAAUUGAAAUGGUUAAAGAUGAACCUGUAUUUGGAAAGGAAGCCGAGCCUUCAUCUACAAAGAAACCCGAACCUCAACCUACGAAGAAAGAUGAGCCUAAGAAAGAUGCGAGAAAAGCUUCGACACACAAACAAUCACGGGGUCGUACUUGGGAGACAUUUUGGAACAAAAUCAAGCCAUCCAGUAAAACAGAGAAACAGCCACAAAGUAACUCUGUAGAGAACAUUGCCCCCGUGGCAGCGGCAAUGGUAGAGUCGGAGGCCCCGGCUAGCAAUCUCCCGGUAAUAUUGGCUCCUGUCAUCCCACUGGAAACAAUAAAGGAAAUUACUUUUAACUUUGGUACAAGGUGUUUCAUUGGUGAGGGUUCCUAUGCAAGGGUAUACCGUGGAGUCCUGAAGAACGGGCGUGCGGCAGCAAUUAAAAAGCUCGACUCUAGCAGCCAGCCCAACCAAGAAUUCCUAUCACAGGUUGCAACAGUUUCUAGUCUGAAGCACGAGAAUGUGAUCGAGCUACUUGGGUACUGUGUCGAUGAUAAUCUUCGAGUCUUGGCCUAUGAAUAUGCUCCAAAUGGAUCCCUGCAUCAACUUCUCCAUGGGCGAGCAGGUCCCGAGCAAGCUCGGGUUCUUUCAUGGGGCGAAAGAGUUAAAAUAGCCAUUUGUGCUGCAAAAGGACUGCAAUACAUUCACGAUAAGUCGCAGAUGCAUUGCGACAUCAGCUCCGGCAAUGUUUUACUCUUUGAUGAUUAUAAUGUCGCUAAGAUUGCUGAUAUCGAUUUAUCUAAUGCACCCAAUGACAUCGUAGCCUGUCUUCAUUCGACUCGUGUUGUUGGGACUUUUGGUUAUCAUGCCCCGGAGUAUGCGAUGACGGGGCUGUUGAGCUGGAGAAGCGACGUGUAUUGCUUCGGUGUCGUACUCCUGGAACUCUUGACGGGCCGUAAACCAAUCGAUCCCACGAGGCCGAGGGGACAACAAAGUCUCGUGACAUGGGCAACGCCAAGGCUGAGUGAAGAAAAGGUAAAGCAGAUUGUCGAUGCGCGACUCAACGGAAACUACCCUCCGAAGGCGGCUGCAAAGAUGGCUGCGAUUUGCGGGCUGUGCGUUCAAUACGAAGCUGCAUUCCGUCCGCACAUGAGCAUCGUCGUAAAAGCUCUCGAGCCUUUGUUGAGGAACAGUGUCUCAGCUUCUCCCAAAUAGCACCAAAGCAGUAAUUCUUUUUCUCGAUUCGAUUAUUAUGUGGAAUUGACGUCUCUCUCGUAAAUAUUUGUUCGAAGGUAGUUUGAUCGAUACGGUUUGGUUGUACGGGUGAUAUUUGUUCGGAUGUGGGAUCGAUAUGUCUCAGUCCGACGAAGAAUGGCGUCGAAGGUCGAUCUUGGACGAGAGCUCCGACGUCGGAGCUAUGGUUUCAAAUUUUGACUGUGUCCUUUUCAAAAAAUAUAUCGAUCUUUGAUCGAAACAAAGAAAUUAGAAAUGCUAAAAAUUAGUAAACAAGAGAAUAAAUUAAAAGCAAUUACUCCCUCUGUCUCGGACGAAAGUUUCGUAAUAAACAGGAUCCUUACUAAAACUUUGGCGUCGAGCGCCUGAAAUUUAAUGGCUGAUGAUGGAGAGAGGUCUUCGUCGCCAAGGUCGCCGUCGUUGACGCACUGCGUGCUUUUGAAUGGGAUCCCUUCUUUGACUAUUUAUUCAUUUAUUAUUACGGUAAAUUGUCCCAAAUUCAUGAAAUUGUACUAAAUUUUUUAUAUUUUUAAAAUUACGUUAAAUUCUGUUGUAAUUUUAUAAACUCUUCGUCUAAUUCCUAG